AUGACGAUCCUGAGAAUCAUAGGGAGUGAAGAUAAAUGGCGAGAGCGUUUGAUAGGACCCCCAGAGCUAAGGAUUGCUAGGUCGGGGGUUGGAGUUGUACGCGGUUUGCGUCCAAGUGGUUGGUGGGUUUUGAGAAACAUGAGCCACGGGUCGGUGGGAUUGGUGAUUUAUCAAGGGAAACCCGAAAUUGAUGCUCCGAAUAAACACAAGUGGUUGAGCAAGAAGAGGUUGAAGAUGAAGAGGAAGAAGGAGAAGCAGCAGAGGAAAGCAGCCAAUAGGAGGGACCCUCGUCGCCUCGGCAUCAAGGGGAAUAAGAAGAAGAAAGGGCACGGGUUUGAUAAUGCUGAUGAUAGAAUCAAGUACAAGCUUGAAAAGGCCAGAGUUAAGGAGUCUUUGCUGAUUGAGAGACUUAAGCGGUAUGAGACCAAGGGUCCUGUGGUUCAACCAAAUUAUCUGACAGGUGGGGAGCGGUUUUAUAUGAACAAAAUGGCCCAGAAGAAGUCUAACUAUGCUCCGGUUGGCAAACGAGGUAUUUUCGGUGGUGUUAUUCUUAAUAUGCAUAUGCAUUGGAAGAAACAUGAAACGUGUAAGCCUGGCCAAGUACAUGAGUAUGCACAAGAAAUUGCACUGAGUGGGGGAAUCCCAAUUCAGAUAGUUGGAGAUGAUACCAUUAUAUUUUAUCGAGGAAAGAACUAUGUGCAGCCGGAAGUAAUGUCCCCUGUAGAUACUUUAUCGAAGAAAAGGGCACUGGAGAAAUCCAAGUAUGAGCAAUCUCUUGAGUCUGUCCAGCAUUUCAUUGCUAUUGCUGAGAAGGAAUUGGAGCUCUAUUACAGGCACAUCGCACUUUAUGGUGACCCAAGUGAUAAUAUUCCCACUUCAGAUUCUGCUAGUGAUUUCUUUUCUACAGGUCUUCUUGAGACAGAAUCAGACACAGAUUCAGACCUGUUAACAACUGAUGAUUUCAGGGAUGACAACCAGUGUUUUCAAAGGCGACGCCGAGGCGUCGCCGGUGCGAGCUUUCGUGCGGGGCGACCGGAAAACGCCUCGCUUGUCCAAACCAGGGCGAGCUGCUGGAAAGGCGAAGUAAAAACCGUCGGGGCGGUCUGAUGCGGCGGGAGGCGACGGCUGAUGCGGCGGGAGGCGGAAGAUUUUCUGGGUUUUCUUCUUUCCUUUGGUCAAACCGACGUCUUUGACUAGUUUUUUUUUUUUUGCAAGAUCACUUAAAUAAUGGAAAUUUUCUGUGUUUGCAACAGAGUAUACUUCAGUCCUGGACAUGAAUUAAAUCAAAAUUUUGGGGUUAGCAGGGGCAGCAAGUUGUAUCAAAUCCAUUUGCAGAACCCUCAUGCACUGAAUUUGAAGAGCCCUCCACUGAGUUGGCAUCCUUUGCUCAUUCUCUUGUACCAACAGUAUUCUUAUUAGCUUUGUUUUUCCUAAGAGCUGUCCUCUUCUCUUCCCUGGCUUUUGCAAUCACCUCCCUAGGGGGGGAUUUCAGUUUCACUCUCUUUUCCUUUUUCUGGUCCGAGGACUUCACCUUCUGUUCAGCUUUUUUAUCCAAUGGGAAUUGUCCUUC